UUAGAGAUAGAAAAAGAGAGAAGAAGAAAAAUGGCGAAAUGUUGCUGUUUCUGCGAUCAAACUACAGUGAAAAAGGGCAUUUGGACGGCUGAGGAAGACCGUAGACUUAUCGCUUACGUUAAAAGAUAUGGCCACUGGAAUUGGCGCCGGCUUCCCAAGUUCGCCGGUCUUUUGAGGUGUGGAAAGAGCUGCAGACUGAGAUGGAUGAAUUACUUGAGACCUAAUAUUAAGAGAGGCAACUUCACUCUCCAAGAAGAAGAAACUAUCACCAAAUUAUACGCCGCAAUCGGCGGCAGAUGGUCUACGAUGGCAGCUCAGAUGCCGGGGAGAACUGACAAUGAUAUAAAGAACCAUUGGAAUACGGUUCUGAAAAGACGAGUGAUGAUGAAGCAGCAAAAGAUGGCAAUGGAAAAGAAACCGGCGACGGAAAAAACCGGUCCAACUCAUCAGGUUUUUGCCGGUGACAUUUUGAACGGCUCGAAUGUCAACAAUCAUUCCACUCUCAUUGAUCAGACGGCUGUAGAGAUCAGUGCGCUUGAGGAUUUGCCACCGGCCGGAAAUAUGGACGUGGCGGCGGAUGAUCAGUUUAAAUCUUCUACUCCAGAGCUGCCGGCGGGGAGUUCUCCGGCGAGUUCCGCCGGAGAUUUUUGGACGGACCCUCUAUGGCUAGACUCUAAUUUGGACAUGCCAUUUGACGAACAAUUAUCAUAUCAAGGAUUUGGAGAAUCCAACUUUUUCACUUUUGGGUUGGAUGAAUAUCUGUGGCAAGAAGGAAUUUACUAAUCCAAAUUUUAGUUUUGGGAUUAGUGAUCAUU